UAUAUCGAUUUAAAAAGAUUAUUCCGAAUAACCUGGUCGAGACCCAGCUUUUUUAGAUCAAGUAACACCCCAUGUUCCCUAUAAAAAGCCAAACCCCAUAUGCCAGGCUUCAAAGUGCCUCAAAUACCUCACCAAAGAUGAACAAUAUCUUGUCCUUGGUUUCCUGCGUGUUCUGCUUUUGCGCCUCCACUUAUGCCCUGGUGCAUUAUAUAAAACUGGAAAAGGGAGCGAAUGGUUGUAAAACGCCUCAGGGUGUGGAAUUCAAGGUAGGCGCUUACGAACAGGAUGAAAAUGUCUGUGGGGCCUAUACCUGCCAAAGUGAGAAUGGAGAUGCUUUGAUUCAUUACUGCCAGAGGCCAGUCACCUUUGCGGAGUGCAACGAUACUGGAGUUUCGACGGGCACAGACUUUCCACAGUGUUGCUGGACGUGCGUCCGAUACGUGGAGUGUGGUGACUCCUCCGGUAGUAGCUCGAGUAGUAGCUCAAGUAGUAGUUCUUCAAGCUCAGACAGUAGUGCAUCCGCGUCAGCCAGUGGUGCAGCAAGCAGUGCAGGCGGUGGCCCUUCAGCUGAAGGGCCAGCCGCACGCACUAAAGGUGGACGCACAAAAGGAUCUAAGAUGAAGGGACCAGAAGACGACAGUGAUGACAUCAAGCUCGAUGGAGAGUCGGAAUUUGCCAAACUAGUUGAUUCGAAGGAGAACAUAAAGUUCGGUGGCGGUACUCCGCUAACUAAAUUCGGGGAAUCCUCCAGAACCGUCCCAUCGAAAGGGUUUCGUUUCUUCAAAUAAAAAACCAUCUUUAAGAUUUCCGCAAUUUUAAAUAUAAUAUUUAAAUAAUUAAGAAUCAAAAUCGCUGUCAUUUAGUGUAUUAAUAAAUAAAU